UGUUCUGUUAUGGAAGGAAUUGGGAAUCGGCGUUCAUGGUUCAGUGAAUGAACUGUUCGGAUUCCAAGACUUUUUAAUAAGUUGCGUAUUUCCUCCAUCCCACGCUCCACUCUGCAUCUCUCUCUCUUUCUCGCCGCAAAGCGUGCCCUCCACACGAUCCCCUCCCCAUCCAUCGUCGUCUUUCCCAAAUCAGCGCCGUUUUCCGAUGCAGACUCUGCAACAGAAGGCCUCCGAAUGGAGCGGAGUUCCUACGGCCGAUGCUUUCGCCAUUGAUGACACCAAUCUCUUUCAGAAGCUUGGUCUUCAACCCUUCAUUAACCUCUCCACUAAUUUCUACAACAGGGUGUAUGAUGAUGAGGAAGAAUGGUUUCGCUCAAUAUUUGCCAGUUCAAACAAGGAAAACGCCAUCCAAAACCAGUACGAAUUCUUGGUCCAAAGAAUGGGUGGCCCUCCUCUGUUUUCACAGAGAAGAGGACAUCCUGCUCUGAUCGCACGACAUCGACCAUUUCCAGUGACACAUCAAGCAGCAGAGAGGUGGUUACAUCACAUGCAACAAGCAUUGGAUAGUACGUCAGAUAUAGAUGAUGACUCCAAGAUCAAAAUGAUGAACUUUUUUAGGCACACUGCAUAUUUUCUGGUGGCUGGAGAUGAGCUGAAGGAUCAAAACCAGCAGAUACCAUGCAAGCAUGCAACCGGCAAGCGGCAACAGUGAUGGAAUCUUUAGGAUAUAUAUUUCUCUCUGUACGAUACUGAAACGAAGAAAUCUAUUGUUCUUAAAGUUAUGUGCUCUGCUAAACACUUAAAGACCAUCAAUUAGUAAACAAUUCAUGGAAUAUAGUAGUUCCUAUUUUUGUUAGUGUUUUAUGUUGAUGCA